GCUGACUGGAACGCCAUGACUACAGGACACAGGAGAGCAGGGAGGAGGUGGGAUGGGUUGAUGUUGCCACGGUAAUAGAGGAGGCGAUCACUCACCAAAUCAUUGAGCCGGGGCUGAAAUGGAAAAAAAAAAAUUGUAGUGGGGGGGUGCGGAAAGCGGGUUAGAGGGUGAGGGACUGAAAAGAGGAGAGGAGAAGAAAAACAAUAACAACAACAGCGAGGGAUUAGGCAUCGACUGAGCAUUCAGGAAGUCCAUUUAGCACAAAGCAGCGGUAAAAAUCCUCCUAGAGUUUAGUCGCGAUUGUCAGAGCUGAGCUGCCUGUCCAAUUGGACAGCUGCUCAAGAUUUGUGAGGAAAAAAACAGAAGCACACAAAGGAAGGAUGAAAUGAAACAGGUGAAAAAUGAAAUGCAGCUCCUGGACGAUCUCGCCUCUUCACUGCUGUGAUAUUUCACUCCUGGCGAUAAGGUGAGAGGAGGUAAGCCGGUCGAGGUGAUGCCUGGGGCACAGAAAUAGAAACGGAGAGAGGGGCAUCGCUGGAUAUGAAGAGCAUGCGUCAGCACUAAGGCAGGGCGAACAAGAGCAGCCAGAGAGAGAGAGACAGAGAGACACUUACAGCAGAGAUGAGCGAGGUGGAGAGCGAGGUAGAGCGAGAGAGAGAUUGAGGGUAGAGGUCAUUAUCACGGCAUGAGAUGGGACGACAGAAAUAGAGCCUGCCGGAUUUGUCACCUCCAGUGCCACACCUUGACUGCAUCAUCCCAGCGCUCCAUCCUGACUGCAGCAGCUCCACAGAAGGGAUUUCCUCGCUUCCUUCAGGCACAAGAAAACGAUCAAUAAAUGAAUUUGGAAUGAUCCUUUUUGAACCUGUGAUGAAGAUUCAAGCCACUGGCAUGUGAAGGACUGUACUUUUUAAAAAGUGGAUUGUCUUCUGUUUUUCAGUUGAGGGGGAAGAAUCCCUGCCUGCACACAACAAUGCAAAAAUAAGGACUAUGCUCAUUCUGCUUCAAGAAUUAUUGUCAGCAGCUUGCCAGAGGAAUUCAUUUUUAAAAUCAGUUUCCACGAGGAGGAGCACCUGUGUUUGUUACGGACCUGUCAGUCAGUGAACGCAGCGCUGUUACCGCUGUGUGAACAUGAGGAACUCAUUGUCCAGCCAUUUUCAACGACUGCUGACUCAAACUAAAUGAGGAAAGACAAUGAAGAGUACAGGAGGUGUACAGCAACAGCACAGUUGGCUGAGUGAUUAGAAAUAUUGUGCCAAGCUGUCUGAAAUAAUGCAACACUGUACUGUGACUGACAUGCAGAAUACUGUACUUGUCUUCCUAAUGACAGUGUGGACCUCCAGGCAGGCUGACUGACCGACUGACUAAGUGCGUGGGUUGCUCACUGACUGGAGUUGUGGCUAUCUGAGGACUUUGAGGACACGUAGCCCCGGGCAGAUACCGGCCGGGUGGUGGAGCCCCAUGAUGGGGGAGACGGCGGAAUACCAGAGACUACAAGAGACGUCAGAGCCUGACUACCAGCGCCUGCCCAGCGAUGACGAAGAGAAACUGGGCAGUAGCAUGCAGUCUGAGGAAGGCACAGAAUGGCUGCUGGAGCUGCUGAUGGAGGUGCAGUUGCAGCAGUACUUCCUGCGGAUCCGAGAUGACCUUAACGUUACGCGGCUGUCACAUUUCGACUAUGUAAAGAACGAAGACCUAGAGAAGAUCGGCAUGGGUCGACCUGGGCAGAGACGACUGUGGGAAGCUGUGAAAAGGAGGAAAGCCAUGUGCAAGCGAAAGUCCUGGAUGAGCAAGGUGUUUAGCGGUAAGCGCCCAGACGGAGGAGACUUCCCCCAGCAGGGCCAGCCGGCCUCCUCCUUUCGAAAGCUGUCCCCCACACCUCCUCUGGGCCUGGGGGAGGGUGUCCUGGCUGCACAGCCCGGUGGUGGUGCUCCCCUUGAUGGGCAGCAGCAAGCCUUGACUUGCCUCAUCCCUGAGAAGGACUUGACGUUGUUUGAGAAGCUUGGAGAUGGCUCCUUUGGCGUUGUGAAGAGAGGAGAGUGGCUGACACCUGCGGGGAAGGUGCUGAACGUAGCUGUGAAGUGUCUGAAGACAGAUGUGCUCAGCCAGCCCGACGCUCUGGAGGAUUUCAUCUGUGAGGUCAACGCCAUGCACUCCCUGGACCACCAGAACCUCAUUCGCCUCUACGGUGUGGUGCUCACACACCCAAUGAAGAUGGUGACGGAGCUGGCUCCUCUGGGUUCUCUGCUGGAGCGCUUGCGAUGUGUUCGUCCACAGGGUCCAGUGUUGAUCCACACUCUGUGUCAGUAUGCUGUACAGGUGGCCUGUGGCAUGGCCUACCUGGAGCAGAGGAGGUUCAUCCACAGGGAUCUGGCAGCUAGGAACAUCCUGUUGGCCUCAGCUCACAGAGUGAAGAUCGGCGACUUUGGGCUGAUGAGGGCGCUGCCGAACAACCACGAGCACUAUGUCAUGCAGGAGCAUCGCAAAGUCCCCUUUGCAUGGUGCGCCCCAGAGAGCCUGAAGACCAGAACCUUCUCCCAUGCUACAGAUACAUGGAUGUUUGGAGUCACUCUCUGGGAGAUGUUCACACAUGGUCAGGAGCCUUGGCUGGGUCUCAAUGGGAGUCAGAUUCUGCACAAGAUUGAUAAAGAAUGUGAAAGACUCCCGAAGCCAGAGGACUGUCCGCAGGAUAUCUAUAAUGUGAUGCUGCAGUGUUGGGCACAAAAACCAGAUGACAGACCUACUUUUGUCGCCCUGAGAGAGUUCCUGCUGGAGACCAUGCCCACAGACAUGUGUGCUCUGCAGGACUUUGACGAGGCUGACAAGCUGCAGAUCCAGAUCAAUGAUGUCAUCACCAUCAUAGAGGGAAGGGCAGAGAACUACUGGUGGCGAGGUCAAAACAAGCGAACUCUUAAGGUCGGACAGUUCCCUAGAAACGUGGUGACAUCAGUAGCGGGUUUGUCAGCUCAUGACAUCAGCCGGCCGCUCAAGAACAGCUUCAUCCACACAGGACACGGAGACAGCAACCCCCAUCGCUGCUGGGGCUUCCCUGACAGGAUCGACGAUUUGUACCUCGGGAAUCCCAUGGAUCCUCCUGAUGUUCUGGGUGUCGACCUCAGUGCCACUCGGCCCACGCAGCUACCAGGACGAGCUAAGAAGGAGCCCCCCCCCCGCCCUCCUCAACCAGCAGUGUUAAUCAAGAGUAAGUCUGGUUUCUCUCAGCAGCUCCUCACCCAUUGCUCCUGCCCUCUCUGUUCCCUCCUAGCUCCACUCUUCAAAGAGCCUUGCUACGAUCCAGUGAACGAGGACGAGGAUCUGACCUCAGCAGGACUUAAGAGAUUAUCACUUCGGAAAACGGGUUCCGUCAAAGGCUUAAAACUUAAACCUGCUGCGUGGGUCUCUGCUUCCAAACAGGGGAGUAGCCGGACUUCAGGCUCAGGCUACAACCCCAACAGUGAAGUGUCCCUCAUUGACUUUGGGGAGGAGUUCCCCCCACCCACGCCCUCCCCCUCCCCCGUUGUUGAAAUUCAGAUCCCCUCGCUGGCGAAGCUGGCUUUGGAAGCAGAGAACAUCCUGGACCGGACUCCUCCUCAGAGUCCAUCCAGAUCGUUGCCCCGCCCCCUUCACCCCACACCAGUGGUGGACUGGGAUGCACGACCAUUACCCCCACCCCCAGCCUACGAUGAUGUAGCCCAAGAUGAAGAUGAUAUGGAGGUGAGUUCCAUCAACAGCUCAGAGCAGCAGCAUGAAGAUGAGCAGAGUGAGGUCUGUAACCCAGACGAGGCUGACGAGGCUCUCUCCUCUGGACACAAGGUGCAGGUUGAGGCUCUUGUCUCCAGGGGUCCAGACAGACCAGGCCUGGAGGAUAACCUCUUUCUUCCCAGCAAGCAGGGCCACUGCCUGUCCACAUCUUUCUCCCAGUCUGCAGAGAUCUUCCAAGAACUCCAGCAAGAGUGCAUGAGGAGGCUCAACGUACCGACGGUGGGCGCUGCUCCGUCAAGCUCGCCAUCCCAAACCUCAUCUUCGUUUCCUCAGACCCUUCAGGCACAGGAGCAGAAUGUCCUCUGCUCCAAUGAAGACAAACCCCAGAUCCCCCCACGUGUCCCCAUCCCCCCUCGCCCUAUAAAAAGGGGCGACUACACAUCUGCUCGCUGGUCAAGGGAUCUCUCUCUGUCCCCGACACCUGCAGACACCACAGAGGAUGUUUCAGGCCCAGACCAGAACCGACCACCUCAGAUCCCUCCAAGGGAUCCUUUGUCCCAGUCAGACUCCAGGACUCCUAGCCCCAUGGGCCUGGUAGUGGGCUCCCCUCAGCAGAGAGUCUACUCUGUCAGCCCCACCACCAUGCAGGCCCCCCUUACCUCCUGCCCCCCCACACACACCUACGGCUCCUACCUCUCCACCUCUCCAGGUAAACUCAUGCCUACCACACACAGCUUUGCCUCAGAUCCUAAAUAUGCUGCACCCAAAGUGAUCCAGGCCCAGGGGCAGGGAAAGGACCCCACCAGUAAGGGCCCCUGUAUCCUCCCCAUUGUACGCGAUGGACGUAAAGUCAGUAAUACCCACUAUUACCUUCUGCCGGAGAGACCGCCAUACCUUGACCGAUACGACCGCUUCUUCAGGGAGGCAGAGAGUCUUCCUGCCAGCAGCGUGGAGGAGAGGCAUGUACGGCAAGCGAACACGGCCACCGUCAGACCAAUGGUGGUCAGCAGCCAGACUGUCCAGGGACAUGCCCAAGGACAGGGUCUCGUCCAUCCGGGCGAGCUGAAGGCUAAUUUCUCCUCCAACAAUAACAGCAGUCUGGGUGGACCACGGUCAGGGAUGAAGACAUCAGUUAGUUUCCCUCGCGUCUGCUUAGACGGGCUGACGGCACCGGUGGUCACUGGGUCCUGCACCAGGACAGACGGAGGAGGGAACUCAGCUGACAGGGUCAGAAUGGUGCAGGAGGCAGUUCAUGGUGUGACGAUAGAGGAGUGUCAAGCUGCUCUCCAGAAACACAACUGGAAUGUCCAGAAAGCUGUGCAUUACCUAAAGGUGGAGCAGUUGUUCUGUUUGGGUCUGAGGAGCAGGUCCGAUUGUCUAAAGCUGCUGGAGAUGUGUGACUGGAACCUGGAGGUGGCCAGCACUCAGAUGUUAGAUAACUAUGGAUCCACAACAAGGCAGAGACGGUGACAGAAAUGUGAAGCUGCUGAGCUCUGAUUGGAACUUCAUCCUCAGUAAAAUAUCAUCAGAGGAGAUGAAUCUGCUCCUGACCCUUUCUCGUCGAUGCUUCACUCACACUUCCAAUCACAAGACUGUAAUUUGAGUACGGAAGAACAAACAUGUUUUCACUGAACUAGCACGAACUACCAAACUUCAUUGUUUCUCCAUUCAGACUUACUAUGGAAACAGGAAUUUAGCCUGAGGGCAAAAAAAAAAGACUUUGGGUUGUACUUUGACUUUGGUCUGAAAGAUGUGUCAUUGUUUCACUUAUUAUGAAACUGUAGACUGCCAUCCAUCAUCUUUUCAGAUUUGUUAAAAAGCAAAAAAAGACUCCACUUGUAUGUUCAGGACCAUUGGGUCAGCCCAAACUACAUCACUCAAACAGAUCUGCCACAGAUUCUGGUGCUAGCAUCCCGACAGAUCCUCUUACUGGUAUCGUCACUGCCGCAGUUACACUGUCGACCAACAGCAGAGAGAUACUUUAAUCUUCUCUUUUGUUAAUGUCAUUAAACAGUCAGGAAGUGAACCUGAAGAGGCCAAAAUGAUUAGCACAAUAUACACAGCAGCACUUUCUGAGAAGGUUUUAUAGAGCUUGUACAGUAUUGGUAUCUCAUUUACUGAUCUGUCAGAAUUGAACCUAACUUCUGUACAGUGUUUGUACAUUUAGGUCAUGAGAGGUUAACACCCUGUAUUGCAGCUGUAGGAUCUUGAAGCAAUUGUUUUCAUGAGCAGUUAAAAGGAAAUCAUAUUUUACCUCUGCAACACCCAUGCACAACAAAACACAAAGCUAAUAUUUAACUGGCUUUCCAGGCUGUAUUUCACAGGAAAUCAUUUUGCCUGUUGACUGUUAUUAAGAGGUGUGGGGAUGUGAUUGUGAAGAUUGUUUGCUGCUGAAAGUCUGUGGAGUCCAGGGAAAAUGUGCAUUUUAUAGUUUAAUGAGGGAAGUUAGUAUCAAUGCAGUGCUGCCUCCUCUGUGCUAAGGGUCAAAGGUUAAACCAGUCCGGUGUCGACCUGAAUCAACAGAAGAACACAGAAGUGGUUUUUCGAGGGCUCACUCCUUUUUAAAACCUACAAAACUGUCUAGUGUAUAUUCAGAGGGUAUAAACAAUAUACUCUUUAUGGGGAAACAUUUAUGUAUUUGUGAACAAAAUCCUGGUAUAUUAUUUUAAUAUAUUUUUAACACAGUGCUUAGGGACAAGAGAAGACUGUCCCCUUAAGUGAAAUACUGGGGCCAGUUUCACAAAGAUAGACUUUGACUAUAUAACUACUCAAAGUAAUAGUCAGACUUCGGAUAGAAUUCAUUUAAAUUCAUUUAUUGCACAAAGCUGUCUAGUUCUUGACUGUCUACAACAGGAUUUGUUUGCCAUGAAUUCUGGGUAAAUUCUGGGCAAACAAGGCUUUUUUCAAACUGAAACACGAGCAACUGUGUCAAACUGCUAGGCUCCCUUCACUCCAACUUAAAAUGUUAGCUGUCUGGAAGAAUUCAACUGUUACACAAACAUUUCACUUGGAAAAUUCAGCAAAGAAUGUGACAAUACAAAAAACCUCCAGUAGAAUAAAAACUCAGCUCAGCCGAGGUUUCUUUGUAUCUUGAUGACACGACUCCUUGGGCAAAUUAAAACAGCGUUAUCACAGCACAAUGUGUUAACUGUGGUCUGCAAAAACUCACUCAACAACAUUGUUAACAAACUGCAAACUGUGAGCCAUGCUUUCCCUGUCAGCAGUUGUCACUGAUUGACAUGGCUCUCCGUUCUGAGUUAGCUUGGAGGUUGGGCCGCAUAAAGUUUUUAGGCUUUAAAAAGUCAGUUUUAUUGCAGUUAAACAGUCUAAAAUGCACCAGACUGAUCUAAGAGCUAAAACAUUAGACCACGCUACAGUAUCUUUGUACAACCGGCCCCUGAUCUAUGACUUUUGCCAAAUGUGGAUGAAGAAAAAAAGAAAGGCCACCCAAUCAGUGAAAUCUUCCCUCACCCCAGAUACAGUCUCUCCUCAUUCUGUCCCUCUAAGCACUUUGCCCACACAGAACUCCUGUGCAUCAGCUGAAAACUCCUGCCAGCUUGGUAUUUUCUGCAUGCACCCAGACUACGUUGGCAGCUAAUAACAGCAACGUAUUGAAAUUUACCCCAAGGCACAGAUCCUGUCCCAUAAUCAUCACUUAAAACCACAACUGUGAUAUUUUGGUCAGCAGCUUUAGGGGCAAUAAUUUAGAAACUUCUAGGACGUGUCAGCUCUGGGUGAACUCACUGCCGGACGUGACAAUACAUUUUGUGACUGUAUUGUCACAGUAGAGCCCUGAGCAAUGAACGGUUUAAAACUCAGUCAACAUGGGAAACUUUUGGGCCUGUCCUGUUUUUUAUUUCAGAUACACUUAAUGUUUGAGGACUAUAAUGACAGCGGGGGAAAUAAAAGGCAUUCCACAUGCUUCGACCUCUAACAUUCACUUUAAUGUGGUCAAAAAACACUCCUCAGUCGAUGACAGUCAACACAUAUGAUCCACACGGUGCUUCUCUCUAUAGCGGAAAAAAUAACUUUUUGCCAACUGGUACCCAUCUAUUUAAUUACAAUAUAAAUGUCCUUGUCCACAUGUGCGCCUUGGCUUUGCUCCAAACCAACCAACCCCUCCAUAUGUCCACAAAACCCCCCCAGUAUGUGACACGUCUGACCACAAUCUGUUUAGGCAGAAACUUCAAAUGGCCUCUGAACAAGCUAAUAUGGAGCCACAACAAACCUGCUAUCUGCCUAAGUAAAUUAAGUGGCUUUAAAAAAAAAAAAAAAAGAAAAAAAAAAGAAAGAAAGAAAGAAAGAAAAAAAGCAUAUUUAUAAAGGAUGUACAGGACUGAUUUUAGAAAAACAACCUCCAGUCAAAGCUUUCUCCUGUGUGCAAUAAGGCUGCUGUAGAACCUGUGACCUCCCAGUCUGUCCAUCCAUCAGUGCCAUCCAGUUUUGAAAAUAAUUGAGCUUUCAUCCCUGUCAUAUUGUAUCCUAGUAAUUAAAUGCACAUGAAAAACUGUUUUCAGUAUAAAGUGUUUGGUGAUCCUCCCCAGAGCAGGAUGAAGAUGUCCUUGAACACUGAUCCAGAAUCAGUUUAGCCAUUUUCCCUCUGGUAUGUGUGGUGGUAACGCUGACUGGAAACCAGUGCAUAAGGACACGUUGAUGUGAGGGCUGCCUCCACAGUCUGUCCAUGUGUUGUUUGUCUUUAUACCAAGCUGCUGUAGUUGUAUUAGAAGGACUGAACCUUGUGGUGUUAUGAUCAACCCAAAGCAACACUGCCCUGUUGUGGUGUUGACACUGAUGUUAGAAAAACUCUGUUCAGUUCUGUUUGGUCUUUGUUUGCCAGAUAAGUUUCUUCAGAAACUCACUCUGCUAUUUCAGAGUCAUUUAUAUUGUUUUUGCUGUUUUUCCUUCAAACCAACUCGCCAUUUCUUCCUCAUUUGUACGUGUUUGCUUCCCAGGAUGUGGUUUAUUUUAAAUGCCUACUGUACAGCUGGUUUUCAUUGUUUCUCUCCUCCUGGGUUGAUGGAACUGUUCAAGAGAAGUUCAUGCUGCCGAAUUUAUAAAUGUAUUUUUUAUUAAAGAGUUAAUUAUUUUUUA